GUGAGUAUCCUCUUUAUAAUUUGGACAUCGAAAUUUUUAAUCAAUAUUUUCAUAACUUGGAGAAAAAUCACUGAGAUAAAUAAACAGGCAUGCUACACAGUGGAGGUCCGUGUGGAAAGUUUCAGAUAUGUAAAUUAGUAAUGAUCAAAGCAAUGACUGAUUUGAGUAUUUUUGUAUUAUUAUUAUUUAAUUGUUGAUAAUUAUACACAGAUGAUAUCCUCCAAUAUUCUUGAUAUUUCAUGACGCAUUAUAAUGUCUCCAUCAACACUCUUUUUAAGUAGGCUAUAUUAUUUAAACAGAAAAAAUCUUGCAGUGCCAAAUCGAGACUAUGAUCAUUUUAAACAUUUACUAUUAAAUACAGUCUCCAUCCACCACUCUCUGAUUAUGAAUAAUUUUGAAAGCUGAUACUGAAAGCUUUAAUAUUAGCCUUCCUCUUACAAUGAGUACAUUUUCAUGUAGAAGGAGGUAUAUACUUUUACAUUAUGAGCAUCUGAGUUAUGCACAUUAGUUAAUUAAUAAAAACUCAGCUGAUGGACCCCCAGUUUAAAAAACAACAACAACAACAACUUUAGACAACCAACUUGCCGGCUCUUAUAUGUUUACUGAACUCAACUGUUUCCUUUCUGUUUCUGUCACAGUGUUUACAGAUAGAAAGACAAAGUCAGUGUAUUGUUCACUUAUUUGGAUCUUCUUUUACCAUCACAUUGAACAUCAACAUGAGUAUGUCAACCAUCCCCACCAGUUUUCCUGAGAGUACAGUGCAGUCCUCAUCUCCUGAACUCUCAGAUGAGCUCACCACUGCCCUCGCCGCAGGGCGAUGGUGGGCAAUAAUGGAGGUUUCUUCUCCUAUAUCUGAAGAGUCUGAGUAUGGGGACCUCACCUUAGUGCAGUGGUGGGGAACAAUGGAGGAAGGAGAAACGUCAUGCCCCAAGUCUCUGGUCUUCAGUGAUGAAUCUGAGAAGGCUGAGUCCUCGCACUCAGGCUUCCCAGCUGCAACACUGAAGACCAAGGAGCUGUGGAGGCAGAAGAAGACACAGGGUCCACCCAUGCCUCCCAGGUCCCAACAGGGAGCACCUGUGCAUGCAUAUACCAAGAAGAGGGACCACACCUCAACCCUUGUCUUCAACUAUGCAUCUAAGAAGGCUGAUUCUCCACACUCAGGCUUUACAGAUGCAAUAGUGAAGACCACGGAUCAGCAGAGGAAGUGGAGGCAGAAGAAGCCUCGGGGAGCACCUGUGCUUGCCGAGUCUGAGAGGGCUGAGUGUGGGGACUCAGAAUUCUCUAAUGAAAUACUGAAGACCACUAAGCAGGGGAGGCAACAGCAAAGGAAGUGGACCGAGAAGAAGCCUCAGGUAGCACCUGAGCCUGCUGGGUACCCACAGGGACCACCUGUGACCACUGGCUCUCAACGAAGAGGAAAGCUCAUGAUCCCCGAGCAUCUGAGGCAUCAUCUGCUUAAGGCCGCUUCUGAACUGGAAACACCUAUGCAAGCUAGGUCCCCACAGAGAGCACCAGUGCCCACAGCGUCUCCUCAACACACACCCAUGUGCACCAAGUCUCUACAGAGAGAAGCAAUGCCUUCCCCAAAGGUGCCAAAACCAAAGAUCCCUGAGCAGCUGAGGCAAGAGCUGCUGCAGAAGAAGCCCAACGAGACCCAAGAGAGGCAAAGGCUCAAGAUACCUGAGCGACUGAGUCAGGAGCUGCUGCAGCUGUCGGCUCGAGCCUCUUCUGUUCAAGGAGCACCUGCACCCAACAAGACCCCAGAGAGGCAAAUAAUUAAACUCCCUCAGCCGCUGAGGCAGGAGCUCCUGCAGGUUUCGUCUUGUGCCUCUUCUGUUCAAGGAGCACCUGCACCCAACAAGACCCCGCAGAGUCAAAGACUUAAAAUCCCUCAGCCGCUGAGGCAGGAGCUCCUGCAGCUAUUACCUCAAACCACUUCUGUGAAGGAAGCACCCACGCCCACCAAGACCCGAGACAGGCUCAAGAUACCUGAGCCGCUGAGGCAGGAGCUGCUGCAGCUGUCGGCUCGAACCUCUUCUGAGAAGGGAGCACCUGCACCCAACAAGACCCCGGAGAGGCAAAGACUUAAAAUCCCUCAGCCGCUGAGGCAGGAGCUCCUGCAGCUGUCGGCUCGAGCCUCUUCUGUUCAAGGAGCACCUGUGCCUCAAAAGACCCCAGAGAGGCAAAGACUUAAACUCCCUCAGCCGCUGAGGCAGGAGCUCCUGCAGGUUUCAUCUUGUGCCUCUUCUGAGAAGGGAGCACCUGUGCCUCAAAAGACCCCAGAGAGGCAAAAGCUCAAGAUACCUGAGCGACUGAGGAAGGAGUUGCUGCAGCAGAAGCCUCAAGCCUGUCCUGUACAGGGUGCUCCCAUGCCUUCCAAGUCCCCACAGGAAGCACCUUUACCUUACAGGAACCCUGUGCAUGCCGGGACCCCACAGGGAGCAGGAGUGUUUGCCAGGUCUCCACCGGCAGAGGCAGUGCCCGCUGAGCCUCCGAAAGGAGCAACAGUUCCCUCCGGAACUACGAAGACAAGAAAACGGAGGCUUGCUGAGGAUCAAAGCAUUCCUGUCUCUGCCACCCAGGCACUACCCAUGCCCUCCAUGACCUCAAGCGUGACGCCUGUGCAUUCUGGGACCCUACAGGGAGCACUUGUGACCAAAAGUUCCCCACAACAGGGAUCAAAUCCCAGAAUCACUGAGCAGCAGAGGCAGAAGCGGAGGGAGCAGUGGAGACAGCAGCAGAGACAGCGGAGGCAGCAGAAAGCAUCAGACAACGUCGAUGUGUGUGAGCCGCCUCCACAAAAAAAAGCUGGGGUGGAAAUCGAAAAGGUGCAGCUGAAGCUCAAACUGGGGAAGCAUCAAACCCCAAAGCCCAGGUCCCAGCUCACCCUGAAGAUGGAUCAUGCAGCUGUGGGUCAGCAGUCACCUCCAGAAAAAAAGCAGCGCAUGGCAAACAAAAUCAAAGUCCAGCAGUUGGGACCAAGCGGCUUAAAGCAUUUAUGUAGCAUAUUCAUAUGUUUAACUGAAUAUUUGUAAAUAUUUAUUAUUAGUAUAUAUUGUGUUUGUCCAUAUUUAA